AUGGAGGCCCUUGCCCAUGAAAAAGGCAAAUUUCAGCUUGGAAGCAACAAGCAAGACCUUGCAGAUCCUUCCAGUCUGAAGCAUGGAAGCUACUGGCAGCAACUCUCCCCAUGUCAAAGACGAGACUCUGAAACAAGUCACGCUGAUAUUAUGAUGAAAAUGCAGAGGGAGCGAUGCCCUGCGUUCUUGAGCGCGGAAGUAACUCUGUUUUGCACCGUGUGUUGGCAGUGCUCGUACAUCCCUCCCUGUGCAAGAGACGAUCAGGAGAACUCUGAGAACGUCACGUACAAGCAGAAAUACUGGAAAGAGAAAGUGGGUUCGCAGCCAUUUACGUGUUAUUUUAACCAGCACUUGAGGCCAGAUGACGUGAUGCUGAAGCGCACCCAUGACGAGACUGUCCUCUUGCACUGCUUCCUCUGGCCUCUGGUUACGUUCCUGGUCGGAGUCCUCAUCGUGGUCCUGACCAUCUGUGCCAAGAGUUUGGCUGUCAGGGCAGAGGCAAUAAAAAAGAAGAAGCAUUUGUAA